GCAUCAACAGGAAGUGCGACCGGCAGCUAAUCUGCUAGCAAAGAGCUACGGAGUUGACAUGAAUCUUCAACAAAACCAGAGUCGUUUUUGUUUUCACCGAUUAGAACAAGACUGACAUUUAAUUUCGCGCUCUGAUUGAUUGAAAAGCCACAGGAGGACUGCACGAUGGGCCAGCGAAGGAGAGCAGGAGCAGUGAAAACUCUGUCAUCUGAAAGAGACUCCGCAGAUGUUGCCAGAAUCUGCAACAGGAAGCACAACAUCUGUAUGGUGUCUGACUUUUUCUAUCCAAACAUGGGAGGAGUAGAAAGCCACAUUUAUCAGCUUUCUCAGUGUCUGAUUGAAAAGGGACACAAGGUGGUAAUUGCCACUCAUGCCUACGGCAGGAGGAGGGGUGUGAGGUAUUUAACCAAUGGACUGAAGGUCUACUACCUGCCCCUGCAAGUGAUGUACAGCCAGUCCACAGCCACCACCUGCGUCCACAGUCUCCCACUGCUGCGCUGUGUGUUUGUCAGGGAGCAGAUCACCGUGGUACACGCACACAGUUCAUUCUCUUCCAUGGCCCACGAUGCACUGUUCCACGCCAAAACCAUGGGCCUCAACACCGUGUUUACUGACCACUCACUUUUUGGCUUUGCUGACCUCAGCUCCGUGCUGACCAACAAGCUUCUGACAAUUACGCUGUGUGACACCAACCACAUUGUGUGUGUUUCCUACACCAGUAAGGAGAACACGGUGCUCCGGGCUGUGCUCAACCCAGAGAUCGUGUCUGUCAUUCCCAAUGCUGUUGACCCUACAGAUUUUACUCCUGACCCGUCCCAGCGGCCAGCUGACAGGAUCACAAUAGUUGUCAUCAGCCGGCUCGUCUACCGCAAAGGAAUUGAUCUUCUGGGUGGGAUCAUCCCAGAGCUUUGCCUCAAACAUCCUGAUCUUCAUUUCCUGAUUGGCGGAGAGGGACCAAAGAGGCUCGUGCUGGAGGAAGUGAGAGAGAAAUACCAGCUGCAUGAUCGAGUUCGUUUGCUCGGAGCUCUGGAGCAUAAAGACGUCCGCGGCGUUUUGGUUCAGGGACACAUCUUCCUCAACACGUCGCUGACCGAAGCCUUCUGUAUGGCCAUCGUGGAAGGAGCCAGCUGUGGCCUGCAGGUUGUCAGCACUCGCGUCGGUGGCAUUCCUGAGGUGUUGCCUGAUGACUUAAUAACCCUGUGUGAACCUACUGUGCGGUCGCUGUGUGAUGGUUUGGAACAAGUCAUCGCUAAGCAACGAUCCGAUUCUUUCCCCUCACCGGCUUCAAUCCACAAUCGUGUUAGAAACCUCUACACUUGGAAAAAUGUCGCAGAGAGGACAGAAAAGGUGUAUGAUAAAGUAGUUGGAGAAGAGGUCCUCCCUCUGGCCAAGAGGUUGCGGAGACUCCGGUCUCACUGUGGCCCCGUGGCUGGAUCCAUCUUUGCCUUUGUUGCCAUGCUGGACUUCCUCUUCCUGCUGCUUCUGCAGUGGUUGUUGCCAGAUCGGUUCAUGGACGUGGCUGUUGAUGCCACCGGCCCUCAUGGACUGUGGAGACAGAAAACAAGCAGGAAAAAGUUUGACUGAUUCCAAACUUGCCACAAAACGAGAAAACCCAUCUCUCCUUCGGCCAUCAGACUGUUUAAAUGCUGUCUGUACUCGAUCAAAUGCUCAACGUUUACAUUUUUCUAAACAAAGGGAACUUUGUGUGGAGGCUCUUCUCGGUAGUUAAUAAGCACUUUUUAUUUUUUCUUACACUCCCUGCUGCUCUGAACUAAAGCAGUGAAAACACUGGUUACAAUAAAGCAGCAGCAUCUGCUCUUAAUCACGUCUAAUAAAAUAACAGUUGGUUUGAUAAAUUAUUUGUUAGAGCACACGUUUAUAUUUAUUUUUGGAAAGCUCUUGAUUUUCCUGUCAGUCUAUGUUCCAACCCUCACAUAUGGUCACAAGCUUUGAGUGGUGACCGAAAGAACGAGAUCGCGGAUACAAGCGGCAGAAAUUAGAUUUCUCCGCUGGGUGGCUGGGCUCUCCCACAAGCCCUUUUUACAAGGCGCACAGUUCUGGCAUGGCGAUGCGCAAAUUUUGCAGCAUUCCUUCCAUCUCCUUGGUAGUAAUAUUGCUGUAAUUGUCUGUCUUAUUGCACCUUAGCGGCAAAUUGACGGCAUUGCUUUGUAAAAACCAACUGAGAGAAAGAGUGAGAAGCUUGGUCAUCCAGGAGGGGCUCGGAGUAGAGCCGCUGCUCCUCCACGUUGAGAAGAGCCAGUUGUGGUGGCCCGGGCAUCUGGUUAGGAUACCUCCUGGACGCCUCCCUGAUGAGGUUUUCCAGGUAUGUCCCAUCGGGAGGAGACCUAAAAGAAGACCCAGGACACGCUGGAGGGACUAUGUCUCUCAGCUGGCCAGGGAACACCUUGGGAUUCCCCCAGAAGAGCUGGCCCAAGUGGCUGGGGAGAGGAGAGGGAAGUCUGGGCCUCUGCUUAGGCUGCCGCCCCCACGACUCAACUCCAAAUAAGUGGAAGAGAAUGGAUGGAUGGAUUUUUUAAUUCAACCUUGAAGGUUUUUUUUUUCUUUCUUUUUUUGCAGAUGAUGAUGAGUCUGCAGCCAUCUGCGAUGGAUUCUAACGUUUGCUAAAAAUAAUUUGAAAAUAUGUUAACUGAUUUUUUUAAAACACAUGAAUAGUUUCUAAAAUUGUGGAUUUAAGCAGCUUUUCUGAUAUUGUUUUCCAAAAAUAUCUAAUAUUUUUACAUCUGUUUUUUUUCUUUCACAGAAUUGUCCUCAAAAAUCAACAUCUCAUUGAAAAAAAAUUGUUCUCUUUUUCUUCUAAAUCCCAAAGGGAAACAAAAUUGUUUUUCAGAACUGAAAACAAAUCUCUAAUAUUUGAAGGAGAAAAAAGAUUCCUGAACUUAAUCCCAAAUUUUGUCUUUUUUUCCUCAUAAUUCUCAAGUUAUUUUUAUAAAUCUGAAGGAAAAAACAUUUCACUGGUCGUCUUCUUCCAUGAAUAUUUUUAAAUAUUUGUAAAAUUUUGUUUUGCAACAGGCCCUGUAACAGUUGUGGCUCUAAAGUUUUAUUUUGUGUCUGAGGGGAGAACCUCCUGGCCUAGAUCUGUAAAAUAAAGCAGAUGUUUAAAUCUA